AUGGCCCAAAUUGCGUCAGGAUCCAGGGAUCCCUGGGAGGUCGUAAAACCAGUCCUGGAAUCCCUGUGGCUGAAAGAGGACUGGAAGCUCGAUCGCAUCGUUCAAGAGAUGAAGGCUUCCCAUAGUUUCUAUCGAGUCCUCGGAUGUAGUGAACGCCAAUACAAGUCCCAAUUCGCGAUCUGGGGGUGGUCCAAGAACGUUCGCAAAAGUGAUAUUACCAAGGCACUAAAGCACGUUAAAGGCCGUGCUGUAGCAGGCAAAUUCUCUACCCAAGUUUCCAUCAAAGGAAAGAAGAUCGACAAUCAGAAGAUCAGAAGGGUUAUGAAGGAGCAAACACGGGAAAUUACUGGAUCAUUGGCUCUACUUCGAAGACAGAUCACGACUGUUGAUGGACAUGUUCUGCCAUUCACCAAUAAUUUUAACAUUGAAGUUACGACUCCCUCAUCGGUUGCGUCACCGAAUGAUCUACCCUCGCCGACCAAUCAGGUCAUGAAAAAGCUCAUGAUGGUCGAACGGGCCAGUAUGUUUGCACAAGGCCACCAUGAGAAGCUUCUGACACUCUUGAAUGGAGAGGAGAGAAGGACCUUGUCAGACUGGCUGCACGAGUACUGGUUCUUUUGCUUCAAAACUGCAAAACACUGGGGAAAAGGACCAAAGACAUGGACUGCAGAGCUUUUGGAAUUCGAUGGUUACCAACCAACAGCUCACCGUGGUCUUCCAGGCACACCCCAGGAUUUAAUGAGUCCAGCGACGCCAGAUGACAAUGAACCAAGGCCGUCCGAUCUUUGCCGAUGGUACAUUCAUGUUCCAAGGCAGUCAUAUGUGCCAAUACCAGAAGGUCAAGUUGCCUCUUCGGCUUUCGUUCAGGAUGGCAUUGAUGAUGACCCCAGUUGGACGCCAUGGCCUCCUGGUGAGCAACAAUCUUCAUUACAGGCACAUUUGCGAGACGCCCUCGAGCACAAUGAUUUUAGCCUUACUUCUGCCACAGAGCUCCCGGUUGAUAUCCCUCGGAUCGCACAAGCUGCGGAUGAGAGACGCUCUGACGAGCUCCUCAUCGAGUCUCUUGGUUUCAGUAUCAUGAGUCGCAAUAUCGAACAAGUCAGGAGAGUCUUAUAUGAAUUGGAGGAAAAAAAAAUCGAUACAACACCACUGCGUCCGUUUCAUCUAGCAACGAGUUACCUCGAUGGGUCUAAGUCCUGCUGCGACGUGCUAGCAACAGUCGCAAUGUUCGAUACCGGAUCUCGAGAUAACGAAAUCUAUUUCAACGAGCACGGCCAUACUGUACUGGAUAACUUAAUGAUUGCAAUCAUCAAGUCUCAUUCAAGUGCAAAGCCUGAGAUUGUGGACGAUGCUUUCAAGGGUGUUGCACGAUUCGUUGGAGAAGAAAUCGACAUUUGUGGCCGUUGGGAUGCAGAUUCCCCUUGUGUGCGCCAGAUGCAUGUCAAUGGCGGACUAUCGAUACCAUCCAGCUGGAAACACAAGUUUUGCAACACUUCAAUCCAGGCCAUAUGUCACUGCAUCGCCCGCAUGUUCGAGUUCAUACCAAGACCCUUCAUCCUCAAGACACCGAGCGGACUGUACAUCCGACGCUGCUUCGAUCCGGAGUGUGGAAAAAAGCUACAGUUAUCGCCUUUGCACAGCCUGGUGAUCACAGCAUACCAUCUUGCUUCCCAAGGACGGGACGGCGAGGACCUCUUUGGAAUUCUAGCAUGUGCCAUGUGCUUGAUAUUUGAGGGCUUCGACCCUUCCAUGAAAGCCGAUGUUUCCAUUCGGGCGUUAUUGUCCUCCUCCUCAAUUAUCGAGUGUGACCAUGAAGAGCUUACGGCUGCUGAGCUUGCGGAGAAGAUCAUGGCUGAGCCCACAAUCGGAUCUUGGAGUGCAAUGAUUAGGACAGGCUGGAUUGUAUUGGCUGGAGUAUUACGUCGCUGUGAGAUAGCAGCCGUCGAGAAGAGCGGGAAUAGAAAUGAUAAGCCUGAGUGGAGUGAUGAUGACGACGACGACGAUUUCAUGGGAUGCACUGGGCCAAAUCACGUGCUUUUAGACAUGCACAGCGAUGGUAGGGCAGACUUCUGUCUCGAGAAACAGAAGAAUCUCGGUGCAUUGUGGUCUUCAGUUCAAGCGGAACUACUGUCAUAUCGGCGACUGGACGAUCGGUCUGACUGGACUUCCCAGAACUUUUCGAUGGAGACUCUCCAAGUGCAGCUGAGUAGAGGCGAAGAUCUUAUGGUUGGCUACGCUGCGCGGAAUUUGUUGAAAGCGCAUUGUGCCUGCCAUAGCUUUGGUCGUUAUCCAUUCGCGGUGUUGGCUGAGGCACUGGACCCCGAUCUUGCGAACCUUGAUCUGUGGGGUCGAGCAACGUACGGAGAGAUGAUAUACGAAUGA